AUGGCCUUCCACAGGUCUGUCGUGGCAGCCGCCGCGGCCUUGUCGUUGGCCGCGCUCACCACUGCCACCAACUAUGAGCUUCCCCCUUGUACCGACAAAUUCACCCCCUUCACUAGUAAGGGCUGCUACACCAACGGGGACACCGCUCUCAUCAUGCGCUCCACGGUUUCUAGCAACGACAUGACUGUUGAGAAGUGUACCUCUGUCUGCAAGGGCAACGCCUUCCGCUAUGCCGGUCUCACCUACUACGGAGUCUGCUACUGCGGUGACGAGAUAGCUGCCGAGAAGACCGCUGAUGGCUCUUGCAACUACCCUUGCAAUGGUGACAAGGGUCAGCUUUGCGGUGGCAAGGACACCCUCAACAUUUGGGAGGAUUCCACUUAUACCAAGACCCCCAGCGAGGUCACCGUCGCCGACUACGCUUAUAGCGGCUGCUAUGUCGAUAAUGUCAAUGGACAGGGCCGUGCUUUCCCCUGGCCCGAGAGCAUUGAGCCCGCCAAGUUCACUCCUGAGGCUUGCAUUGCUGCUUGCAAGACUCAAGGUUUCCCCAUCGCUGCUACCGAAUACGCCCACGAGUGUUGGUGUGGCAACGUCCUCUCACGCACCGUCAAGGCUGACGAGAAGGACUGCAACGCUCCUUGCGGCGGUGAUGCCUCUAAGAUCUGCGGUGGUGGCAAUCGUCUGAGCGUUUACAUUGCCAAGGACCUCGAGUCCAACGAGCCUUGCGCUAGCGGCAACCCUCCCACGAGCAGCAGCACCUCGACGGCUCCUACUACUCAGCCUACUCAGCCCACAUCCACAGGUCCUUCCACCAACCCCGGAUCGUCUACCAACCCAUCCACCGAGCCGACUAGCUCUUCCACCAAGUCUACUUCGACCGGCUCUUCUACCGGCCCCGGAACAUCCACCGGUCCGUCCACCGAGCCUACCUCAACCGGAACAACCACCCAGUCCACCAGCACCUCUACUAGCCCUGGCACCUCUACCGGUCCUUCAACUCAAACCACCAGCACCUCUACUCGCCCUGGUACUUCUACCGGUCCCUCUACUCAACCCACCAGCACCUCUACUCGCCCUGGCACCUCUACCGGCCCUGGCACCUCGACUGGUCCCUCUACCCAAACCACCAGCACCUCUACUCGCCCUGGUACUUCUACCGGUCCUUCUAGCCAGCCCACUAGCACGUCUACUCGUCCCGGCACCUCUACCGGUCCCACUACCGGUCCUACUACUGGUCCAUCUACCCAACCCGGCACGACUACGAAGCCAAGCACUUCUACGAAACCUACUAGCACUGCUCCUGGAACUUGCACUACUACCAUCGUCACCCCUCCCACCUGUGAGCAUAAAAUUGGUAAUUGGUGCCUGCCUCCCACUCCCGAGUGGACUUGCAAGGAGGACUGCUAUGCUGCCUGGAAGAAGUGUGAGGUCACCGUCUUCUCUUGCUUCCACCAGGCUGGUUUUCCUGACAGCCUGAACUGUUUCGAGUAUGCCCAGUGGUGCAAGAGCCUCAAGAGCUACUGCAACCGUUGUGAUAACAGUGACCGUUGCAACAAGCUUGACUGUUGGAAGUCUCUGGAGCCUGGUCACGUUGGAACGUCUACUACUCAGACUGCCACCGUUCCCUGCACUGGUGUGCCCACCUCCAACCCUCCCGGUACCAGCACCAAGCCCAGCACCAAGCCUCCUGGAACCACUACCAAGCCCACUACCAGCACCAAACCUCUGACGAGCACUCAGACCAGUACUUCUACCACCCAGUGCCCUCCUCAGCCUACCAAUGUUUGCAAGCAGCCCACCUCGAAGGAGUGUGACUUUGGCCCUGGUAACCCUGUGGGUGGUGUUCCUCUACCCAUCGUCACUUGUAACGACUGCAAGGAUGACUUCAACGCCAACCCGUUCAAGAUGUACACUGUUGCCAACAGCAAAAACUGCCCGUCAUUCCCUCACGGCCGUAUUGGCGGUGUUUGCUGCGAGGCUUGCAAGCACCAGUACUACAAGUGUGUCGAGGUUUAUGCCGACUCGUGCAAAAACCUUCAGAAUCAGCCCAAUUUCCAUCCUCGCUCCAUCGAGGAGCGCGAGUCCUCGAGCUCUUCCUCUGUUUCCUCUUCAAGCUCUUUCCCCGGCUUUGGCUGGCCUGGUUGGGUCAAGCCCAACCUUGGCGUCUGCAAGGGCUGGGGCAGCUACAGCGGCGGUGUCAGUGCCUCUGCCUCUGUCUAUGCUGGCGGUAGCGGUGCCUGGGCCAGUGCGAACGCCUGGGCUGGUGCCCAUUGGGGUUUCGGUAACAACAACUACAAUAACGCCGUGUACCGUUGCAAGGUUCAGUAUGAUGAUUGCGUCUACGAGAACCAGAAUAUCAAUCCCAGCACUGAAUGCAGAAGCUGGGGAUGCAAAUGA